AUGAUAACAGGCAUCCACCACAUCAACCUCGUGGUACCCGCAUCAACCCUCCACCUCGCCAACGAAUUCUACUCCCAAACCCUCGGCCUCACACCACGCCCCGUACCCCAUCUCCAGCGCGAAACACUCGCCUGGUUCGACAUCGGCACAUCAGGCCAGCAAGUCCACGUCGCAAUCGGCAAGCCCGAGGACUUUGCUCAUCCUUCCUCACGCCACCCUUGUUUCCGGGUCGGCAGCGUAGAAGCGCUGAACGAGCUGCAAAUCAGGGUAUGGGAGCACUUUGAGAGAAAAGGGGAGAGCGCGCCAUUGAUGGCUGAUAAGCCUGGUGCGAAGAAUAGUGGGGCGGAAGGCGUUGAGUAUCCAACGAGGUUCUUUGCACGAGACUUUGCGGGGAACAGGUUGGAGUUUAGUGUGUGA